UUCUUCAUAAGAAUCCUGGGAGCAUCAUGAUCACGAGACCUGGUAAAAUUAGGCUCUUUCCUUAGGCAUGCCAGGAAAGAGGCUCUUCUUUUCCUCUUAUUUGACUCGUGGCGUUUCUUUAUAUAGCUAAGACUGCAAUUGUUUUAUCAGAGUUCAAAUCAUGGCAUCUUCUUCUUCCUCCUCAUCUAAGCGAAAACGUGAAAUGGAAGAGAACGCCUUUGAGGGGAUGACACUUACGCCUCUUUCUGCUACGCCUGCUAGUGAUCCAGCUUUUCAUCGCUACGAUGUGUUUAUUAAUCAUCGAGGUCCAGAUGUGAAAAACACUCUGGCCAGCGUCCUUCACCAGUUUCUACAGUAUUUGGGCUUAAAAGUUUUUCUUGAUUAUCCAGAAUUACAACCAGGCGAUCCCUUACCCGCCACCAUACAACAAGCCAUUCGCAGCUCUCAAGUUCAUAUAGCUAUUUUUUCCCCACGCUACGCUGAAUCAUCCUGGUGUUUGACCGAGCUUCAGCUCAUGCUAAAUACAGGGGCGAAAAUAGUUCCCGUGUUUUAUGACGGCGUCUUAUAUAAAGACCUUCGCUAUACUGAAAAUGGUGUAUAUGCCCAUGCAUUCGAUACACAUGAAAAAAAGGGUCGGUUUACAGCCGAAAGGAUUUCCCUGUGGAAGAAAUCCCUUCAUGAUGUCUCCUACAUCAGUGGUAUUGAUUUCCAUCUAUCUGAUGGGAAUCUGGGGCAUGUAUACAAAAAUAUUGUCGAUACUGUGCUUAAUGAAGUGAGUGUGGCUAGAAAUAAGUUCAAGUUAGAAGUUGCGGAUCAUCCGGUUGGACUUGACGAGGUCAUUCAAGAGCUUGAGGUGAAAAUAUCCUCGAUUGAACAGAACAACAAUGGAAAUGGUAAGAUUGUGGGGAUAGUUGGAACAGCUGGAGUGGGUAAAACGACUUUGGCCAAAGAAUUCUACAAUCGUAAGUAUCACAUGUUUUACAGAUCAAGCUUUUUAUUUGAUGUAGGGGAAACCCAUCGAAAUAAAAAUAUGAUGAAGAUGCAACACAAACUGAUGUGUGAUCUAAGAAUUCCUCUUUCACUUUCCUCUGCUACUUUUGAGCCCAGCAGUCCAAAAGAAGGCGUGGGGGUUGAGAUGAUCAAAUCUCAACUUGAACGUUGGUACUCCAAGCCAUUAAUAAUUUUAGAUGGAGUUGACCAUGCUGAUCAGUUGGAAGCAUUGGCAUUGAAUGAAUUUUUAAAUCACGGGGCACUGGUACUUGUGACUUGUCGUGAUGCAAGUGUUUUGCAGUCACUAAAUGAUGAACUCGUAAAAAUUUAUGAGAUGAGAGGACUUGAUCCUAAGUAUGCCAGGCAACUCUUUUGCUGGCAUGCAUUUCGCAGAUCACAUCCACCUAAAGGACGUGAGAGAUUAGUUGAAACCGUUUUGAAAGUUUCAGGUGGCUUGCCGUUGCACCUCAAAGGUAUGGGUCAAGAGAUUUACCCUAUGCAAAAAGAUAUAGAUGCAGAACUAUAAGCCGUGUUGUUUAUCAGGACUUUGUUUUUUCUCAUUCUCAGUUUUCUUUGGCAAGCUGUAUCGU